AUGCCUUCCACCAGCCGCUUCGAGUUUUAUCCCCCAGGCAUUCAUGGGCCUUCUGUCACCUUCUUUGAGGAUAGUGAAGAACAGGCCAUUGACUGGCCAACCCAAGACAAACAUCUAGAAUUCAUGAUCUCGAAUUUGCAUGGAAUUGUCUUGGCCGGCUCUAGUGGCGAAUCAGCCACUCUUUCCGUAGCCGAGAAAGGACAGCUCGUCAAAAGGACUCGGGAAAUUGCAGUCUCAUUGGGAAAGCCUGAUUUCCCUAUUACACUGGGAAUCCUGGCUGGCUGCACCAGAGACGUACUCGCGCAAAUUCAAGAGGGCCAUAAGAACGGCGCUGAUUUUGCGCUGGUUCUGGUGCCUGCUGUCUUCCACUGGUCCAUGACUUCCAAAGCUGUUGUCAAUUUUUUUAAGGAAGUUGGAGACCGCUCCCCGCUUCCUAUUGUUAUUUACAACUUCCCUAACGUUGUGUCCGGCAUUGACGUCGAUGCCUUUAUGUUGGAAGAACUCGGCGCUCACCCCAACAUCUACGCCGUCAAAUUGACUUGUGGGGGUGUUGGAAAGGCGACCAGAGUAGCGGCACAGUUUGAUCCCACCCAAUUUACCUCUCUCUCAGGAAUGAGUGACUGGCUUGUCGCUGCCCUUGCAGCAGGAAGUGCUGGCUGUAUUUCUGGCGUGGCAAAUGUAUUCCCGAAAGUUAUGGUUGAAAUUUACAAUCUUUUCAAAUCUGGAAAGAUUGCAGAAGCCACUCAGUUGCAGAAAAAGCUAGUUCAGCCGGAACUAGGAAUCGCCACGUCGGACGUUAGCGGCAUGAAAUGGAUCACUGCAAAGACGCGUGGGUAUCCGGAGACAAGUGUGCAUUGUCGGCGACCUAUCCCCAGGUUCGAAGAUCAGGAGAAGCGGGACCGUGCGAUGCGCUUAGUUACACCUCUCCUUGUGACCGAGGAGCAACUAGGUUGUUCAAAUGUGUAA